AUGCCCCGCUCCUUCCUGGUGAAGAAGCCCUCCAGCACCCGCGCCCCCAACUACGGCCAGCUCGACGCCCGCGAACUCGAUGGCUCGUGCUCCUCCUGCAGGGGGGUGCUCAGCCCCGCACCCCCCUCCACCACCCGCCUGCCAGACCACGGCCGCCUCCUCGCCCGCCUCUCCCUCCCGCUGCCCCACGACACCAAGAGCCCCCCAGACCCUGCAGGCACCCGCAGCCCGGGCACCCCCCUGAAGGACAACCAGACCCUCAACCGGCUCGGGGGGGCGGCCGAGGCGGGGGUCCCCAGGCCCUGCCACCCCUUCCCGGGGUCGCCCCGGCGCUGGUUCAGCUGCGCGCGCUGCGCCAGGGCGUACACCAGCCUGGGCGCCCUGAAGAUGCACAUCCGCACCCACACCCUGCCCUGCGUCUGCAGCCUCUGUGGCAAAGCCUUCUCCCGGCCCUGGCUGCUGCAGGGCCACCUCCGCACCCACACAGGGGAGAAGCCCUAUGCCUGUCCCCACUGCAGCCGCGCCUUCGCCGACCGCUCCAACCUCCGCGCCCACCUCCAGACCCACUCGGGCGUCAAGAAGUACCGGUGCCGCGCCUGCGCCAGGACCUUCUCCCGCAUGUCGCUGCUGGCACGGCACGAGGACGGGGGGUGCUGCGGGGCGGCCUGA